CAGAAGGUCCAGGUGGCCCCGGGAGGUGCUCGGCUAAGUCGCCCCGCAGUCGCGGACUCCAGAGGGCCCACGCGUGACUGAGCCCCGCGGGACACGCCCCUCGCUCGCCCUACAGCUGGCGCUGCCGACCCCGGCCGAGCCUGGCACGGGGGCGGAGCGGCUCCGGACAGUGGCCUUUCCUCCCGGGGGAACCUGCUGAGGGCGGCCCCGAGCUCCUUCCUGUCCCUCCCACCGCGGUCCGGGCUCGGCGGCCGCUCGGCGCGGGGUCCCGGGCGCGGCUCGGGCGACUCUCGGCCGCUCCCACCCCGGCGAGUUCAAAAGGACGCGCGGCGCCGGGCCCUACCUGCCCGUCGGACUGGAAAGAUCUGACCCUACGAAAUAGCCUGCCAUCAGCAACGAUGAACAACCUACCGGCCACACCUUCUCCUGAAGCAGCAGCAUACAAAGGUUCGGAUUUCUCCACAUCCUCUCUAACAGAAUUGAUGACCACGCCGGUUUUUCAGGCCCCUGAGACCCUGUCCCCACAAGCUGAAGAGGCCAGCACGGCGCUCAUUGCAGUUGUUAUCACCGUGGUGUUCCUUACCCUGCUCUCGGUGGUGACCUUGAUCUUCUUUCACUUGUACAAGAACAAAGGCAGCUACGUCACCUAUGAGCCUGCAGAAGGGGAGCCCAGCGCCAUCCUCCAGAUGGAGACUGACUCAGCCAAGGGCAGAGAGAAGGAAGAGUACUUCAUCUAAUGUUUCCCAGGCUGCCUCUGUAGUUAGGGAAUGUUUGCUCUAAAGCCAGGGAGUGGCGUUGGGUGAUACAGGCACAUCCACUCACCUCCCAGGACACGGCCCCCAACACCGGAGACACGGAGAGAGCUGUUCAUGAUGCUGGGCCUUGAUAAGGACAGUGCUCGAAACCGACCAACAAAGAGGGGGCCAUGCCUGAGUUGGAAGUGAGGUCACAUGCUGGUCCACUUUAUCCCCUCCCUAGUUGACGAGCAAUAGCCCCAGUCAGUGUAGCUAUCCAGUCUUUCUGGAGGCAGGACGCCACAGGAAGGGGUCAGACCAGGGAGGGGAUAGGAGUCUGAGAAUGUUACUGCCUUUGUUUGAUCUGAGCCCCACUGUUCCCCAAUCAGCCUCAAACUUCUGUUUUUAUCCUAAUUAAACUUAUGAAAAUCAGAUUUUCAUUUUCAAGAA